AUGACCAUUGUAAACAGUAGCCUGAAGCUCGUACUUCCAAAUUGGGCGACCUGUUCCUUCCUAACGAGGCAGCUCAGGUCACCGCCCGGGGUGUUGCUCCUUCUUGGCCCUUUCGUCAAAUAUUUACUGAGCAACCGAAAGGGGAAGUCAGCCCUUCGGAUAGAAUACUUGACCCAAUUUGGUUACCUACCUGAAUCCGACAGAGAGACGGGCAACCUAAGAACUGACGACCAACUCAAAAAAGCAAUCGGAGACCUACAGCUCGUCUCUGGCCAAGGUCUCUUGCAUUUCGCCGACCUCCAAGACCCUGAGGUUGCUAGUGGAGCACCAGGUGUCUAUCAUGAAGUUCUCAUAAACGGUUAUUUAUUAACUGCAUAA